UGGUCCCAAUCCUUAGUCUGGCAUCUCUAAAAGUGUAUACACUUCCAGUUGUCGAGAUGAUCCAUAAAUAUGUUCUGCGUUUUGGGAUCAAGCAAAUGGCCCCCUCAGACCACUCCUGUCUUUCUGAGGGCAGCUUGCGGGUGUGUACUCACUGGGGCAGCUUCCCCUUCCUGUUCCCUGUGUGGCCCCGGAGCCUGGCUUCACUCAGUCAUGCCGCUGGUGUCUUCUCUAGGAGGGAGACCUUUGACUUUGACGAUGACUGUGACAGCCUGACGUGGGAAGAGAAUGAAGACACACUGCUGCUCUGGGAGGAUUUCACCAACUGCAACCCCACCAUUGACCUACAGGGCGAGCAAGAGGAAAACUUGGGCAACUUGAUCCACGAGACCGAAUCCUUCUUUAAGACGAGAGACAAGGAGUACCAGGAAACAAUAGGCCAGAUCGAGCUGGAGCUGGCCACAGCCAAGAGCGACAUGAACCGGCACCUGCACGAGUACAUGGAGAUGUGCAGCAUGAAGCGCGGCCUGGAUGUGCAGAUGGAGACCUGCCGCCGCCUC